CAACAGUGUGUUGGCAGCGUCCUAGGUCACCAACCCACAAUGCAGACCAAGGCUUUCACCUCUGCGCGCCCCCAGCGGGCCGCUGCGCUCAAGGCGCAGCGCACCUCGUCGGUGACCGUGCGCGCGACCGCGGCCCCCGCCGUGGCCUCUGCCCCCGCCGCCUCGGGCUCUGCCUCUGACCCCCUGAUGCUGCGCGCCAUCCGCGGCGACAAGGUGGAGCGCCCGCCCGUGUGGAUGAUGCGCCAGGCCGGCCGCUACCAGAAGGUGUACCAGGACCUGUGCAAGAAGCACCCCACGUUCCGUGAGCGCUCGGAGCGCGUGGACCUGGCGGUGGAGAUCUCUCUGCAGCCGUGGCACGCGUUCAAGCCCGACGGCGUCAUCCUGUUCAGCGACAUUCUGACCCCCCUGCCCGGCAUGAACAUCCCCUUCGACAUGGCGCCCGGCCCCAUCAUCAUGGACCCCAUCCGCACCAUGGCGCAAGUGGAGAAGGUGACGAAGCUGGACGCUGAGGCCGCCUGCCCCUUCGUGGGCGAGUCGCUGCGCCAGCUGCGCACCUACAUCGGCAACCAGGCCGCGGUCCUGGGCUUCGUGGGCGCCCCCUUCACCCUGGCCACCUACAUUGUGGAGGGCGGCAGCUCCAAGAACUUCGCGCACAUCAAGAAGAUGGCUUUCUCCACCCCCGAGAUCCUGCACGCCCUGCUGGACAAGCUGGCUGACAACGUGGCCGACUACGUCCGCUACCAGGCCGACGCCGGCGCCCAGGUGGUGCAGAUCUUCGACUCGUGGGCCAGCGAGCUGCAGCCCCAGGACUUCGACGUGUUCUCCGGCCCCUACAUCAAGAAGGUGAUCGACAGCGUGCGCAAGACCCACCCCGACCUGCCCAUCAUCCUCUACAUCAGCGGCUCUGGCGGCCUGCUGGAGCGCAUGGCCUCUUGCUCGCCCGACAUCAUCUCGCUGGACCAGUCGGUGGACUUCACCGACGGCGUCAAGCGCUGCGGCACCAACUUCGCCUUCCAGGGCAACAUGGACCCCGGCGUCCUGUUCGGCUCCAAGGACUUCAUCGAGAAGCGCGUCAUGGACACCAUCAAGGCUGCCCGCGACGCCGACGUGCGCCACGUGAUGAACCUGGGCCACGGCGUGCUGCCCGGCACCCCCGAGGACCACGUGGGCCACUACUUCCACGUCGCCCGCACCGCCCACGAGCGCAUGUAAGCGGCCCACGAGCGGCCCGUGAGCGCGCGAAAGCGGCUCGUGGAGCGCAUGUGAGCCGCCCGCUAGCGCUCUCAGGCUCCGGGAAGUGGCGAGGAGGAAGGCGGAGGACAGCGUGUGCAGGGCGCAAAAGGAAGGAGUCUUGCGCGCACGAGAAUGCGCAAGCAACGCCCUUUCCGAAACGAGAAGAUCAAGUGACUGAGGUGGCGAGGGAGCUUUGACUGCAGCGGGACGCGUGUGUGCCAACGGAUGGAACCCGCACGGUCCAUCGGAGCCGGCGCGUUCGCCGUUGGAACGGAUGGUGUGUUAUAUGAGGGCGCGUGCAUGCGCAUGUGAGUGUGUGUAUGUGUCUUUGACGGAGUGGUGGAGUUGCGGGAUACAGUGGCCUGAAUAAGGCGAGCCUGCUUUGAGAGUAAUGGGGCGGGUCGCUGCAGCCUGCAGGUAGUUGUGAAGGGCGCAGGCUCAAAUGCAGACGUCGUGCGAGCCCCGGCAACUGCAGGCUUCACAUACAGUCGGCACACACAUUAACACACGGGUGUGUCAACCAGAUGCCAGGGACAAGCGUUCAGGGCAUUAGCUAGGCAAGCACGUGAAGUCAGGUCACACGCUUCGGCUGAGUGUUUAGAGCUGAUGUGUCAGCACGGUUGAUGGACGGGGAGCCUUCCCCUGCUUCCCACAUGUUUUAGAGUGAGACCAGAGCCAUGGACCCUGUGUGUGAGCGUUCGUGUUUUGACGAUGUUGACGGUGUCUGUGUCGAUUACGUGACUGACUCGGGAACUGACGAAGCGGCGUGACGGUAAUGUUUAUAGGAAGAGGUUUGCAACCCACGGUUUGGAUUGCUGCAGGGCCCUCACAUGAGCCCGAGGUUGUUUAACCCAGCAGAACUCGC